CUCACUAUCUUCAUUCAUUAAUUAAUUCAUAGUUCUGAGUUCUCUCACACACACUUCAACUCAAUCUCAGAGAUACUUAAAAAACACAAAAAAAAAAAAAAAAAUAGAGAGAUAGAGAAAUGUUGAAGUUGGAGAAUAAUGAUGGAGGUAGUAGUGGUGGUGACAAUAAUUGGGCACGUAUAUGUGAUACGUGUCGGUCUGCAGCGUGUACGGUGUACUGUAGGGCUGAUUCGGCCUACUUGUGCACCGGAUGUGAUGCUCGCAUCCACGCUGCAAACCGCGUGGCGUCUCGCCACGAGCGCGUGUGGGUUUGCGAGGCAUGUGAGCGUGCCCCGGCGGCUUUUGUAUGUAAAGCUGAUGCGGCGUCUCUUUGCACCGCCUGUGAUGCUGAUAUCCACUCAGCAAACCCGCUUGCACGCCGCCACCAACGCGUGCCAAUUCUGCCUAUUUCCGGGAACUUGCAUGGUCCACAUGCGGUGGGUGCCAUGUCUGGUACUGAAGGGAGGUUUGUAGAGCACGAUGGGGAUGAGAUGAUUGAUGAAGAUGAUGAAGAUGAGGCUGCGUCAUGGUUGUUGAUUAAUCCUGUGAAGGGUAACAAUAACAACAACAACAACAACAACAACAAUAACAAUCAAAACAAUGGGUUUUUGUUUGGCGGGGAGGUUGAUGAGUAUUUGGACCUUGUGGAGUACAAUUCUUGUGCUGAGAAGCACUUCAAUGAUCAGUAUAGCCAGCAGCAGCAGCAGCAGCAACAGCAGCAUUACUGUGUUCCCCAGAAGAGCUAUGGGGGUGACAGUGUUGUGCCAGUUCAGUGUGGAGAAGCAAAGGGUCAGCUUCAUCACCUUCAUCAACAGAAUUUCCAGUUGGGUUUGGAUUAUGAGUCAUCAAAAGCUGCAUACAGCUACAAUGGUUCUAUUAGUCACAGUGUCUCUGUUUCAUCCAUGGAUGUUGGCGUUGUACCCGAAUCAACAAUGAGCGACAUCUCAAUCACACACUCAAGACCUCCCAAAGGGACAAUUGAUCUUUUUUCUGGAUCUACCAUUCAAAUACCAGCCCAGCUUACUCCAUUGGACAGGGAGGCAAGGGUCCUGAGAUACAGAGAGAAAAAGAAGACAAGGAAGUUUGAGAAAACAAUCAGGUAUGCUUCAAGGAAGGCCUAUGCAGAGACCAGACCCCGGAUCAAGGGCCGAUUUGCUAAGAGGACGGAUGUAGAAGUUGAAGUGGAUCAGAUGUUCUCCACGACACUAAUGGCAGAAACUGGAUAUGGCAUUGUUCCAUCAUUCUAAAUCUAGGGGCAGAAGAAGAUAAAGAACACUUCUUCAUAUGAGAGUUGUACAACUUAGUACUCAAGCUCUAGUGCUGAUAUUGUAGCUUCCCAAUCUAAUUGGUCUAAAUUAAUGUGAUGCAUGCUUAUUAACUUUCUAUACUUCUUUGCCUCAUGUAAUUUUAUCUUGUAAAUGCAUGUAAAUUUUCAUUUUAAAACUAA